AGGUGCUACGAUCACCCACACUUAAAACAAACCAAGGUUUCUUCCGCUUCCGGCAUGCCCCCUCCCGCAAUUGUACAAAAGGCAAGCUCCUUGCAACAUCAGAGCACGGAUUUGUAAACUAGUUUGGUAUACUGCUUUUCUGGGAAACAAGACUGGUAGGCUGAGCAGCCACGACAACGGAACUGCACUUCCCAAGGGUCCAUCCAAGCUUUCUGGGCAGCCUGAACUCUCCGCUAGCAGAUGAGUACACAUCUGGCCAAACGACGGGUCCUCGGAAGGCACAAACUGCCCCCUCUGCUACCGCGGAAGGUUAAAUUCUAAGGUGCGGAAGAGGCUUUGCAUUUGCCUCUGAAAUCAAGCCCCGUCCUACACUGAAAGCCGGACCUCAGACAGCUAUGGAAGAGCAGCAGUGGCAAGACAGCCGAGCAACCCUUGCACGGGCCCAGGCUCAUUUUCAGAAGGGCGAGUACACGGAGGCCGAGACGCUGUACUCCGCUUACAUUCGCCAGUGCGCCUGCGCUGCUUCUGCUGGAGCGCCUCCCGGGAGCGAAUGCAGCCCUAAGGACUUGGCUACUGCAUAUAACAACAGGGGGCAAAUCAAGUACUUCAGGGUUGAUUUUUAUGAAGCCAUGGAUGACUACACAUCUGCCAUAGAAGUCCAACCCAAUUUUGAAGUUCCGUAUUACAACAGAGGGUUGAUAUUGUAUAGGCUGGGGUACUUUGAUGAUGCUGUGGAAGACUUCAAGAAAGUAUUAGACUUAAAUCCUGGAUUUCAAGAUGCUACUUUGAGCUUAAAACAGACUAUGCUAGACAAAGAAGAAAAGCAAAGAAGAAAUUAUUGAAAAAUUUAACUUUGAAAUAUUAAUUCAUGAUUCUUAUACCUGGCAUCUUAUUGUCUCUAAUUUAAAGUGGGUAUUGAGCUAUUUUGAUUUAUAUUUAAGAUAAAGAGGUUCAUACAUCAUCAUUGAAAGUUAAAUAAUUGAAGGUAGUUAAUUUAUGUUGAGUGUUUAUGUUAAAUAGGUGUGCUUUUUAUAAAGCAUA